AUGACAGAAAUGAUAGAUAAAUUUAGAGUACCAUUUUUAGUAGCUCUUACAAAUUAUAAAUUGAGAUAAUCAAAUGAUAUUUGGAUAAAUUUUAGAAAAUUGCUACAAUUAUUUGAAGGCUGUGAACCUUGGAUUAUCAAUGUUAAUGUAUUUAUCAAUUAUAUAAUGUUGUUAGAAAUGGAAUCAAUACAAAAUAUGGGCAUUAUUAGAAAAACCUUAAAAAUUAAUUAGAUUAGUUCAAAAUUAUAGAGUCAACAUUUAAAAAAUGCAUCCUAAAAAUAUUGAAAUUGCAGUAGAUAAUUUACAUUCAGGAGAUAAUUAAUAUUCAUAAUAUUUGGCUGCUCUUAUUUAAUAUAUCGUUAAUAAAUAUGAGAUACUAAUUAAUGAGGAAUAAAUAGCUAAUUAUCUUGAUGAUUCAGAUGAUAUUGAAUCCAGAAUGAAGACAUAAGAAAGUGGACUUGAUUUCUAAGAAUAACCAUCCAUGGAUCUCUCUUGUAGUAAUAGUAAACCUAAUUCUGCAAUAAGAAAAAGUACUUGUACUCAAAGAUCAAAUACAAGUGAAAAUAGGAAUAAUUGGAAUUAAAAUAAAAAUACCAUUGAAAAUCUCUAUAAACACAAAUUACAAUUAUAAUAAUAAAUUGAAGAAUAAAAAGAAAUUCUUCGAGAACUUCAAUAUGAACACAAUAAGACAACUUAAUAGAUAUAAAAACUUAGUUCAAAUUCAAAGAUAGAUAAAAUUCUAAAUAAUUUCAAUAGAUCCAGAAGAUUUAUCUCAUGA